AUGUCCCAAGUGCUCCUCGCGACGGCAGCGUUGACGGCGUUGAGCGUGAGUAGCAGCAGCCUGGGCCUAGCUUCACGGCUAGGUGCUCUGGUAGGCGCCUCGCGCACAUCGCUUCCAAGGCCGGAGGAUGAAAGGCACGAUAGGGAAGGUUCUGCUAACUCCAUUGGACGAGACAGUUUGCCAAAAUCUCUCCUGGCCACUUUCGGUGCAACCGCCGCUGCGGCGGUUCUCCUCAAAGGAGGCGACAUGAUCGAGACGGGCGCCCGUACUUCAUGGUCUCUCGGUGGCGACAACACGCCCCGCGCACUGGUUGAUUUGUCAACGGUGAUGAAGUUCCUGGCCGGCAUAUCUGUAGGAUGGCAAGUCACGCGUCUGGUAAGGGGCUUUUGUCGGUGGGAUGAAGCCUCCGAGCCUUCUGGCGAUCACCGCCAAGACGCCUUCGAACCGAGACCGCUGCAUACAGACGGUCAGUCGACCGCCGCUCCUGAAGCUGAUGAAGCCUUGCUCAGGUCGACGGGUGCCGGGCUGACUCUCGCAUUGCUGGGGGGCGGGGUGAUGGGGUUGCUUUAUUUCCGGUCGAACGAAGACAGUUUCGACGAUGUGCUGUGGAAUUCGAGACUGAACGUCGGAGCAACCUUACUAACUGGAGCGAGCCUCGGUGUUGCUUUGCGAACAGGAAAGGCCUUGUUGUCGUGA